CGGCCAGCUCGUGCCCGCAGCUUGCUGAGGAGAGUCGGUCUCGGGAAAAAGACGUGCAACGGCAGAUCGUCAGUGUGACUCCAGCGACGGGGUCGAAGAGAGCGCGAGGUAGAGAGAGAGAGGAGAACUCGGGGCUGUUCCGGAAUCUGCACCCAGAGAUCGUGCCAGGACGUCGCUGAGAGCCUCGAUCACCAUCAUCCGAAGAAGAAGUCGAAAGGGAACGGAAGGAAAGGACAGAAUUUGGAAGGAAGGAAGGGAAAGAAGAGAUAGCUGGGCUGUUGGGACGAGAGGAAAUUUUAGGCGGCGAAUAAGUGUACCCAGCAGGGGUGGAUCAGCCCUGCCUGAACUCCUUUGUGCUUGCGAUCGUUGUUAGGUUAAAACUGAUUUGCCGAGCUGAUUAGAUCAUCGAUUAAAUCUUGUGAAGAAUUGGUGGAUCGAUCGAGGGCAAUGGCUGCAAAGCCUAUUCCGCAGCAAGUCCUGUAUUGUCCAGUGUGCAGUUUGCCCGCGGAGUACUGCGAGUAUGGCCCCGAUUUUGAGAAGUGCAAACCAUGGCUCAUCAAGAACGCACCCGAGUUAUAUCCCGAGCUAGCCAAAGAGGCAGCUGACAAAACAGCAGAACAGCUGGAGGGCUUGGAAGUAUCGUCUGCAUCUAAGAGUCAAGGAAGUACAUCCGAUUCAAAACCGGAGGAAGUCAAGAAGCUACCUGGAGGAAAAGUGAAGAAAAAGGAAAAGCCAGAGGUCGUGGUGGAGAAGGUGGUUCGAAAUAAAAGGAAAUGUGUGACAAUUAUCAAAGGGCUCGACAUGUUUGGGGUGAAGUUAAGUGAUGCAUCCAAGAAACUUGGCAAGAAGUUUGCUAGUGGUGCAUCUGUAGUCAAGGGCCCGACGGAGAAAGAGCAAAUAGAUGUCCAAGGGGAUAUUAUGUAUGAUAUAGUGGAGUUCAUCACAGAGACGUGGACAAACGUACCGGAAUCUGCUAUUUAUUUUAUGGAAGAGGGCAGGAAAGUUCCCGCUACUGCCUAGAGGCUUAGUAGUAGUGUGACUUUUAUCUAUGCCGUUCUCAUAUCCAUAAUCUUAAGUUAUGGAUAUUCCUUUGUGAAGGAUUUUGAAGGUCUCACAUUUUUAAAGAAGUUCAUGGUUUCACUCAGAAGUUUGCAUGUUGCUGCAAUCUGAAUAUAUUUCCUGGUGU